AUGAAAAUGCGCUGGAUUUUUCCUGUACCGGUCCUCCUUAUGUCAUGGUUUGGAGUGAACGACGUGAAGGCAAACUCAUGUAUUCGAACUGCAUUAUGGACUAUAACACUCACUCCCCUAAUACAAGCUGAAUGUGAUAGAUCACGCACGAUAUACUGUUAUGAGUGCGACAGCUGGACAGAUCCCAGAUGCAAGGAUCCAUUCAACUACACGGCGUUGCCUCGAGAUCAGCCGCCAUUGCAGACUUGCAAUGGAUGCUGUGUCAAAAUGGUUCGGUAUUCUAAAAGCCCGUACGAGGUGGUCCGCCGAACAUGCACGUCGCAUUUACAGAUUAACCUCUUCAUGGUGGACCACGUUUGCAUGAUGGAAAGUACAGGCAAUGGUCACAUGUGUUUCUGUGAGGAGGAUAUGUGCAACGGCGCAGCAACUGUCUCUAACAUUUUAGCAUUCGCACUGGUCAUAAUAGCAUGUGCAUGUAGGUGA